AUGGUUCAUCUAUUAUCCAACUUGCUGGUCGGCCUCACCCUGGCCCCGUCCGUCUUGGGCGCCAACUUGCUGGUUUCCCAUUUCAGCGGACAGGUCUACACCCUCUCCUUGACCACUAGUGGCACCACCGGCAAACUUUCCAUUGCCUCGCAGACUGGUGGCUGUGGCACAACUCCUGCUUGGCUGGAAUAUUACAACGACACCAAGACUGCCUACUGCUUCGACGAGUCUUGGACUGGAAGUGGUGUCAUCACGCAGUACAAUGUUGGAAGCGAUGGACGCCUUAGUCAGUCUGGCCAGACCCGGACCAGUGGGAACACGGUCCACGGCAAGGUGUACGGAGGAUCUGAUGGAAAGGGCUUCAUUGCCACGGCCCAGUACUCCCCGUCAACCAUCACCACGUACAAGCUUCCCCUCGGACAAGGCCAGGUUCAGCUCGAAAAGUUCACCAUGUCACAACGUGGGCCGAACUCACGACAGGAUGUUCCCCAUCCCCACGAGACACAGCUUGACCCCACAGGAAAGUUUAUGCUCGUUCCCGACCUCGGUGCCGACCUUGUCCGCAUCUUCAAGAUCGACGCCAGCACCGGCCGCUUGACCUCAUGCCCGGCUGGUCAAGCCUCGCCCGGUGACGGCCCGCGUCACGCCAAGUGGUGGAAAUCCGCUGACGGCGUCCUCCGCCUGUACACCCUCAACGAGCUCGGCAACUCGGUUUCCUCCUGGAACGUGGUGUACCCCACCGACUCCAACGGCUGCCUUGCCCUCAGCAGAGCGCAAACCCUUUCCACCUAUGCUCCUGGCAAGAAGGGUGGCCCGACUACCAAGGCUGCCGAAAUUCGCGUAGCUGGCAACUUCCUGUACGCUUCCAACCGCGCGGAUCAGACCUUCGGUUCCAACCAAGACUCGAUUGCCGUCUACACCAUUGAUGCCCAGACUGGUGCUCUCGCCUGGAAGGAAGCCGCCAACUCGUACUCGUACUAUCCUCGUACCUUUGAGAUCAACAAGGACGGCACCUUGGUUGCCUUUGGUGGGCAGACGUCCUCCAACGUGGCUAUUGUGUCUAGGGACCCUGCGACUGGCAAGCUUGGGAACUUGGUUGCGAACUUGCAGGUUGGUAACAAGGGCAGGGCUGGCGAGGAGGAUGGCCUCAGUGCUGUUGUCUGGGUUGAGUAG